AUGUCAUUUCGGAGACGUCAAGAGGUUAUAGGAGGUGCUCCUUCCGCACCAUCACCAGGAGUGAACAGUUCAAGAAAUCCUGUUCUAGGGGCUCCUUCAAGAGGCCCCCUAUCACCCCCUUCUAGAGCACCGCUCAGGAAUACUCCUCAUGUUAACCCCACUGGACCAAGUCCAGGAUUGCAUAAUAGAGCCUCCAAUAAUGACAUGCUGACUCAACAUCCGGGAAUCAGACCCUCUACCAUCACAUCCCAACCGACUUUAUCGACAGGUUCGGCAGACUUGGAUCGUCUAUUGGCCCACCAGGGACUACCUUUGGGUAAUUCCUUACUCAUCGAAGAGAAUGGUACAACAGAUUUUUCCUCAGUGCUUUUAAAAGUAUAUGCAGCCCAAGGAAUAGUCCACAACAGAACUGCAGGAAAAUUGAACACGCAUGUCAUUGUGAUAGGUUCAGAUCAACAUUGGGGGAGACAGCUUCCAGGACUGUACCGUGGUUCCUCCAAAGAACAAAAGAAGAACAAGGUUGCAACCAAUGAGUCAAAAGUAACCGUUGGAAAUAUCAAUGAUAGCAAUCUGAAGAUUGCAUGGAGAUACGGCCUAAAAAAAGACUCACCUUCUGAGGAACUUAGUGACCCCUCCCAAACGUAUCCCAACUACCAGCAUGCCUUUGACAUUACCAGCAGCCUUUUGCCUGCUCCAGCGGCCAACGAGAUGUCAUUUGUUCCCCUAAAUGUUCCAGACUAUUCUAAAGUUAUGUUGCAUAUUCAAAGAAUCAUAUCACAGCAUCAAGGGAAGCUAAUUCGAAUAGUACUGCAGAGUUUUCUCAACCCUGCCAUGUACCCACCACAACUUAUCCAGCACAACCAAAGUUUGAACUUUAUCAAAUCACUAAGACACCUAUUACACAAUUCUCCUAAUAUCUCUCUGGUAUCGUCUGUCAAUUUGGACCUGUAUCCUCGUCAUAACGCAUUAGUCACCAUGAUCGAAAUGCUAUUUGAUGGGGUUAUCGAGUUGAAACCUUUUCCCCCAGAACUGGUUCAAAUGAUGGAGCGAAUAUACAAGAACCAGCCUGCUAAGAUAAAGCAGGGAUUUCUAAAUGUUUUGAAGCUUCCUGUCUUGAGUGAAUCUGGAUUGAUGGUAAUAAAGGAGAUCGAAUACUGUUUCAAGAACGGAAAGAAAAAAUUCGAAAUAGAGGAAUGGAGCAUCCCCAUAGACGAGGAAGAAGAGGAGAGAUCAACAACCAAAGAUAUCGAAUUUUAA